UCUUGCCAGCGCACCAACAUCUAGACCAGCUCCACCUUACAGACCUUUACUUUAUGGAUAGGAAGGAAGGAAGAAUACAUUUUGUCGGAUGAUGUUCUUACCAGCUGCACAAUUGCCGGCGUGUGUGUGAGUGGCACAUUUGGAUCACCAUAUCCUAUCGGAAUUGCACCGCCAUGUGGUUAAAGGGCCUCAAACACACCCCUACACCCCCGUUGCAGAACGGUGGUAUGGCUGAUAGUGGAACGGCCGUCAAGCCUCCUGAACCUGAAUCAGUCAGCAUCCCGAUGGAGGAAACCAUCUGUAAUGGGGGAACGCAGGAGCCUUCUCUGUUGACAAAUCUGAAGAAGGUGGAGAACCACAUCACAGAGGCCCAGCGUUUCUCCCAUCUCCCCAAGCGUUCGGCAGUGGACCUGGAAUUCACAGAGCUCUCCUACACCAUCCGGGAAGGGCCGUGCUGGAGAAAGAGAGGUUUUAAAGCCUUACUUAAGUGCCUGUCGGGGAGGUUCUGCAGCCGAGAGCUGAUCGGAAUCAUGGGGCCCUCUGGGGCCGGCAAGUCCACUCUGAUGAACAUCCUGGCUGGCUACAGGGAAACAGGCAUGAAAGGGAAGAUCUUGGUGAAUGGGAAACCCAGAGAUCUCCGCACGUUUCGUAAGAUGUCCUGUUAUAUCAUGCAGGAUGACAUGCUGCUGCUGCACCUCACUGUCCGGGAAGCCAUGAUGGUUUCGGCCAACUUGAAGCUCAGUGAAACUAUGGAAGUGAAAAAGGAACUGGUGAAUGAGAUCCUGACUGCUCUAGGGCUCCAGGAGUGUGCUCACACUCGCACCAGCUCCCUAUCUGGGGGGCAGUGUAAACGGCUGGCAAUCGCCCUUGAGCUAGUCAACAAUCCCCCAGUCAUGUUCUUUGAUGAGCCAACCAGUGGACUGGACAGUGCCUCCUGUUACCAAGUGGUUUCUCUUAUGAAAUCUCUAGCCCUGGGGGGACGCACCAUCAUCUGCACCAUCCACCAGCCCAGCGCCAAACUCUUUGAGAUGUUUGAUAAGCUGUACAUCCUGAGUCAGGGCCAGUGCAUAUACAAAGGCACCGUCCCAUACCUCAUCCCCUAUCUGAAGAACCUGGGGCUCCACUGCCCCACCUACCACAACCCGGCAGAUUUCAUCAUCGAAGUGGCAUCGGGGGAGUAUGGAGACUGGAAUCCUGUUCUGUUUGAGGCGGCCCAGGGUGGAAUGUGUGCCAUAGAGGAGAAGGAGAAGUCAUGUGACAAAAAUGACACAUCCACUGUUUGUCCAACAACGUACCUCAAGGACUCAGGAGCCAUUGAGAGCCAUUCAUUUGCCACAAGCACUUGGACACAGUUUUUCAUUCUCUUCAAUAGAACGUUGAUGACAAUAUGUCGAGACCAGGUGUUGACACACCUCAGGCUGGUGUCACACAUCUCUAUAGGAGUACUGAUCGGCUUGCUCUACUUGAACAUUGGCAACGACGCCAGCAAGGUCUUCAACAACACCGGCUUCCUCUUCUUCUCCAUGCUCUUCCUCAUGUUCGGAGCUCUGAUGCCCACCGUGCUCACAUUUCCUCUGGAGAUGUCGAUUUUUCUGAGGGAACAUCUAAACUACUGGUACAGCCUGAAGGCUUACUAUCUGGCUAAGACUAUGGCUGACAUUCCAUUCCAGGUCCUCUGCCCCGUCAUGUACUGCAGUAUAGUGUACUGGAUGACAGAUCAGCCUCCGGAGGCCACCCGCUUCCUGCUCUUCCUGGCCCUGUCCAUCUGCACAGCCCUGGUAGCCCAGUCACUAGGGCUCCUGGUUGGUGCUGCCUCCACCAACCUCCAGGUGGCCACUUUUGUCGGCCCCGUCACUGCCAUUCCUGUUCUUCUCUUCUCGGGCUUCUUUGUCAACUUUGACACCAUUCCCAAGUACCUGCAAUGGAGCUCCUAUGUGUCCUAUGUCAGGUACGGCUUUGAGGGUGUGAUCCUGUCCAUAUACGGGAUGAACCGCACCUAUCUGUAUUGUCCGGGGAAAGUGUGUAAAUUCCAGAAGCCUGAGGAGGUCCUCCAACUGUUGGACGUGGAGGACGCCAAGCUCUACAUGGACUUCAUCGUUCUGGGGAUCUUCUUCGUGAUUCUCCGAUUCGCCACCUACCUAGUGCUGCGCUACAAGGUCAAGUCAGAGCGAUAGGUCUCACCCUCAAGGCCCCCACACCCUGUUCUGUGCAAAGCUAUUGUACUGUACCACGUGGGCCCAACAUCCUGUUUUAUAUAUCAAUACCAUUAAUCGCUGCUUGGAAAAACUGGAAUGUAUCACUUUUCUCUGUUGAAGUCAUGAUGGGACCAGAGAAGAGACAUCUAACAAACAUAAAUGUUUUACCUCAGCAAGUAGGACUCCAAACAUCUACAAGCAUCUCUAUGUACAGUAGGGUAGUACUGAUGAGGGCACACAGACUAUUCAAAGGACUGACCUGCAGGAACAACCAAAAACAGAGAAUGUUUACAUAUCAUAUAGCCAGAAGACAUUCUACUGUUGCACUGGAGUGUGUCUGGUUUUAAAGACAGAAUGAAUCAGUAUUGUAAUCAAGUGUUGAUUAAAUUUCCUCAACUGAACGGAACUAUUCACUUUUCUUCCUACUAUCUUUCACUCUCAUCUACGGUUUAGUUACAGUUUUGAGAACUAGAAAAUAAAUAUUACUUAUUUUACCUGAUAACAAUGUAUGAAAAACAAAUCUGUACAUUAUUAGGCUAUUCACUUGUUUUUAUACUGUCUGUAAAAUGUACCUUUCUCUAAAAUGGAUGAUUCUCCUAAUUAUAUAUUUUUUGGUUUCUCUAAUCAACUCUAAUCAAUUAACUGUUCACAUCCUACAUGAUGUACUGUAUGUAUGCAACAUUGUUGAGUUUAGUUUGGGUAAUAUUAUCCUCAAACAUAGUCCUAAACCUGUCUCCACUGCCACAGUAAUGUAUAUAUUUAUAGCAUAACCAGAGAUGCAACAUUCAAACUUUACUUCUACCUAACAAUGGAUGACUUUAAAGGCCCCGUGCAGUCAAAACCGUUACUUCCUGUGUUUUAUAUAUAAUUCCACACUAUGAGGUUGGAAUAAUACUGUGAAAUUGUGAAAAUGAUGAUAGUCUUCUUAGUGUAAGAGCUGUUUGGGGGGAAAAAAUACCUGA